AUGAAGAGUCUGAGGAGGGACCUUCCUUCCAACCCCCAGGCCUCCAAUGUCGCCAGCAAGGUCUUCGUGAGGUCCACGAAAAGUGGAAAAGUGCAAAAGAUUGUUCGCGAGCUCUAUCUUAGGCAAGACAUUCCUUGCUCCUCGAAGCUUUGCUCCAUAUGCCCCUCGAUCGCCCCUGCAGAUGCCAAUGGAAACAUUGCACCGUUCAUCCUCUCCGAUCGUCCCGCCGGCACCAAAGCCUUUCCCCACGGACACUACCUCGUUCCUGAUACAAAUGCGCUAUUGAAUGGAAUGGAUCUUUUUGAGCACACUGGUGCGUUUUACGAUGUGAUUAUUCUGCAGACCGUUCUUGAGGAGCUUCGCAAUCUGUCGCUGCCGCUCUACAACCGUCUCCUCGCUCUCAUCAAAACCGACGAGAAACGCUUCUACCUUUUCUUUAACGAAUUUCGACUUGAAACCCAUGUGCGCAGAGGACCGCAAGAGUCAAUUAAUGAUCGCAACGACCGAGCAGUGCGCGCGGUCGCGACCUGGUACGAAGAGCACCUCCGAGCAUCGGCUAAGAAGGGGAAGAAGGAAAAGUCUAUUCCUGCACUUGUUGUCAUCACCGACGACAAAGACAAUAUCAAAAAGGCCAAAGCGGAAAAUGUUACCGCUCUUUCGCUCUCGGACUAUGUCUCUGGCCUAGAGGACUCGGAGAGACUGCUCGAUAUGAUCAGUGAGGCUCGGGAAGCCCGGGAGUCCAGAGGCACUGCCGGUCAACUUUUCUACCCGGAAUACCUCUCCAUGUCGAAGAUCAUGACAGGAUUGCGUGCAGGAACUCUACACCAAGGUGUGUUCAACGUAUCACCUUACAACUAUCUCGAAGGGUCUGUCAAGGUUCCUUCCUUUAACAAGCCUCUCCUUAUUCUCGGUCGCGACAACAGCAACCGUGCAAUUUCAGGUGACGUUGUUGUAAUUGAGGUCCUGCCGCAGGAUCAGUGGAAGUCCCCUUCCUCCAAGAUUGUUGACGAGGAAGCCGUGACUCGAAACGACAACCCUGAUUCUGAAGAAACCGAGAACGUUGUUUCGGAAAAUGAGCGCAAAGCUCUUCAAGAAGAAGUCAAAAAGGCUCACGGAAAGAAUUCGGAAGGAAAGCCUCAGCCAACUGCCAAGGUUGUCGGUAUAAUCAAGCGUGGCUGGCGCCAGUAUGUGGGUCAUGUCGACUCCAACUCAACCGGCUCUCAGGCUGCCUCUGGUCGCCGUCAACAGACCGUCUUCGUACUAGCUAUGGACAGAAAAGUUCCAAAGAUUCGACUUCGUACACGGCAAGCUGGUGACCUUCUCGGUAAGCGCAUCCUCGUUACGAUCGAUAGUUGGGAUCGGGAUUCCCGAUACCCAACUGGCCACUUUAUCCGAUCAUUGGGAGAGCUAGAGACCAAGGCUGCUGAGACCGAGGCACUUCUUCUGGAGUAUGAUGUGCAAUACAAGCCAUUCCCCAAAUCUGUUUUGGACUGUCUUCCAUCAGAGGGACAUGACUGGAAAGUUCCCGCCAGCAAGGAAGACAAGGGUUGGAAAGGCCGACGAGAUCUUCGUGACCUCCUCAUCUGCAGCAUUGAUCCUCCAGGCUGUCAAGAUAUUGACGAUGCUCUCCAUGCCCGCCCUCUGUCAAACGGAAAUUUCGAAGUCGGUGUCCAUAUUGCGGAUGUGUCACACUUUGUCAAGCCCAACAACCCCAUGGAUUUUGAGGCCAGUGUUCGUGGGACCACUGUGUAUUUGGUGGACAAGCGUAUCGACAUGUUACCUUCACUUCUUGGAACAGAUUUGUGUUCUCUGAAGCCUUACGUCGAGCGCUACGCUUUCUCCGUCAUUUGGGAGGUCACGCCCAACGCAGAAAUCGUGUCUUCAGAUUUCACCAAAUCAGUCAUUCGCUCGCGUGAAGCAUUUAGUUAUGAGAGGGCUCAGAAGCGCAUUGAUGACCCAUCUCAAACGGAUGAGCUGACAGAAAGCAUGCGUAACCUCCUGCGUUUCUCAAAGAUCCUUCGCCAGAAGCGUUAUGAUGCCGGUGCAUUAAAUCUUGCCUCGCCGGAAGUCCGAAUCGAAGCCGAUAGUGAUGAAGUCGGUGAUCCAUUGACCGAUGUCAAGACAAAGGCUAUGCUUGAGACCAACAGCCUGGUCGAGGAGUUUAUGCUUCUCGCCAACAUUACUGUUGGUUCUAAGAUUUUCGAAUCCUUCUCGCAAACAGCCCUUCUCCGACGACACGCCACUCCCCCGCCACAGAACUUCGAAGACCUCAUUAAUCAACUCUCGAAGAAGCGAGGCAUGGAGCUAGAUGUUUCCAGCUCUGGUGCCCUUGCUAGCUCCCUAGAUCGUUGUGUCGACUCUCAGAAUCCGUUCUUCAAUACUCUGGUCCGUAUCCUGGCAACUCGGUGCAUGACAUCUGCCGAAUAUUUUUGUGCCGGUGCACAUGCCGAGCCCGAAUUCCGCCACUACGGUCUUGCUUCGCCUAUUUACACUCACUUUACCUCUCCUAUCCGACGAUAUGCCGAUCUGAUCGUCCACCGACAACUUGCUUCUGCCAUCGGAUACGAGGGUGAGGAUGGCCACGCGGUUAUCGAGGGUGUCAGUACCCGUAGCAAGCUAGAGGAUAUAUGCCAGAACAUCAACUACCGACACCGCAACGCCCAGUUCGCCGGUCGUGCUAGCAUAGAGUAUUACGUUGGUCAGGCGCUCAAGGCCCGUGGUGAACAGAUGGCCGAGGGCGGCACUGAUAGCGGCAUCGAUGAAGAGGGCUACGUGAUGCGUGUCUUUGAAAACGGUGUGGUGGUAUUCGUUCCCCGUUUUGGUAUCGAGGGCACCGUUCGACUGGAGGACUUUGUACUCCCCGGCGAGUCCAACGCUUGGACUGUCUCGGAGCGAAAGGAACUCGCGGCUCAUCGGACCACAGAUUUCGAUAUCGAAGAAUACAAACUCCGUGUGGAGGAGAAGGGCCACUCUGAGAAGGAGCGCGGUGUCACCGUGGAACUUUUCCAGAAGGUUAAGGUGAACGUCAGCUCGGUUAAGGAAGAAGGCCGUGGCGCCGGCAAGAGGCGGGUGCGAAUUCUGAUCACCGGCUAA